AUGGUGGUGUAUGUGCCCAUCAGCCCGGGGGCUACCUGGAUGCUGGACACUCUAGGCCUUCGUCUCACGCUGAUCCUGGGCUCGUGGCUCAACAUGACAGGAGCUGUGGUGCGUUUCGUGGGUGCGGCCCUGCCUGGCUACCAGAGUUCCAUUAGGUACCCGCUGGUUCUCCUGGGGCAGACGUUGAGUGGCCUGGCCCAGCCCCUCAUCAUCUUUACCCCCACCAAGCUGGCAGCACUGUGGUUCCCCGAGCAUCAGCGUGCCACCGCCAACAUGCUAGCCUCCAUGUCCAAUCCUCUGGGGCUGCUUCUGGCCAACAUUGUGUCCCCUUUGCUGCAGGACUACGGCAGUGUGCCCACCAUCGCCCUGGCCUACACGGUACCCGCCUGUCUAAGCUGUCUGCUGGCCACUGUGGGGGUUCGCAGCAGUGCCCCUCCCACACCCCCCUCCCCCAGCGCUCAGUUUACCCCAGAGCCUUUCUUCGACGGACUCAAAUUGUUGAUGCAGAACAGAGCCUACUUGGUCCUGAUGCUGUGCCUGGGAGCUGGGAUCGCCUCCUUCACCUGCUUCUCCUCACUGCUUGACCAGAUCCUCUGUGUGCAGGGAUACUCCUAUUGGAGGAAAAAUCAAGAGGCUUUUGGAGGAUUUGAAGAAGGGAAAAAUAGCAGAUUCACCAGGACACUGCCAAAUGUGACAGCUACACACCAAUGGAACUUGAGAGUGAGAAGGUGCUUGACAUACAAACAGAACAGAGCAAUGAGAUUCUUCAAAAGGGCAGUCUUUAUUCAAAGUUCCAACCCAAAGUACAUCAAAGGAAAGCAAACAGCAAAGCCAACACUUGAGGCUGACCAGGACAGAAAGCCAACGCACUGGCCUUCAGGAUCUGUGAACUCUUCGCGUAUCCUGAGCACAUCACAUGCAGGAAUGACCUGGCUCCCAGUCGUCCCGAGCACCAGCUAA